CUCGUCCGCAACUAGCUGGGAACCUCCCAGUCAGCCGCUUUUGCAGCAUGGCACACGUUGUCGAGCCGCUGGACGCACCGUCUCCCUAUCGUGAUUCGCGGUCAAAUAUCUCAAGAGCGCAGCACUAUGAAGCACUAGCGCAGACGGCAACGUUGUAUGUGGGCAACCUUUCAUUCUACACAACAGAAGAGCAAAUAUACGAGCUUUUUUCGCGAUGUUCGCGGACAUCUGCCGGCAGCGGGAUUAAGCGCAUCAUCAUGGGCCUUGAUCGUAAUACGAAGACGCCCUGUGGCUUCGCUUUCGUCGAGUACUACACACACGAAGAAGCCGUUGACUGUAUGCGUUACAUCUCAGGGACAAAGCUUGACGAACGACUCAUCCGCUGCGACUUGGACCCGGGGUACAGGGAUGGACGCCAGUACGGUCGGGGCAAGUCAGGAGGGCAGGUUCGGGAUGAGUACCGAGAAGAGUACGAUGCCGGGCGUGGAGGUUGGGGCCACAACAAGCUCCGUGAGGAGGAGGAACGCAAGCGACGAGAGGAAAUGAUUCGGAACGUUUAUGGUGCAGCUCAUGCGGACGGGCGGCCGAAUGAAGAGGGAGACGAGACGCGAAUCAUCCCAUCUGGUGCCGAGGGCGUGUACGAGGAGAUGGAGGGCAAGGAACGCGCUGGCGAAGGUGCAUCCGCAUCGGCGGGUGCAGGAGAGAAGCGUCGGCGAGACGAUGCCAAUGAGGAUGACGAAGAUGCGAGGAAGAACCCGCGGUUCCGAGAAGAUGAUGAGGAUGAUUGAUGAUUUCGGAACCUUGCUGUCGUGUGCCAGCAACAACAAGAUGCCAUCAUGUACCAUAACGCACACGAAACUCUUUCCAAUGGGUAUCGACUCACCGGUCUGUAAACCGAGCCAGAGCGAUGGAAUCGGUGAC